AUGGAUUUUCCAAUUUCCCUGGACUCCUUGUAUCAAGUACCAAUGCCCAGCAGUCUUUUCUUAUUCAUCCACCUCCUUCUCCUCUUCCCACCUGGGAAGCUGAAUUCAGAUGAAGUCAAGGUUGUAGGCCCUGGGGAAUCCAUCCUGGCCCAUGUUGGGGAAGAAGUGGAGUUUUCAUGCCACUUGUCACCAUACCUGGAUGCGGAGCACAUGAAGAUCCUCUGGUUCAAGAGCCAGGCCUCAGAUGUGGUCCACCUGUACCAGGAGCAGCAGGAGCUUUCCCACUUGCAGAUGGUGGAGUUCCAAAACAGGACCAAACUCAUCAAGGAUGAGAUCAGAAAUGGUAGUGUGAUCCUGCAGCUCUACAACAUUGUCCCCUCUGAUGAGGGCCACUAUGGAUGCCGCUUCCAUUCCAGUGACGUCACCAAAGAAGCUAUCUGGGAGUUGGAGGUAGCAGGAAUAGGUUCAGACCCUCAUAUUUCCCUUGAGGGUUUCAAGGAAGGAGGCAUUCACUUGAGGUGCAGCUCCAGUGGCUGGUACCCCAAGCCCAAGUCUCAAUGGAGGGACCAUCAAGGACAGUGCCUUCCUCCAGAGUCUGAAGCCAUCAUCCAGAAUGCCCAGGGCCUGUUUGAUGUGGAAACAUCCAUGGUCCUCCGAGAAGGAACCCUCAGCAAUGUGUCCUGCUCCUUCCAGAACCCCCUCCUGGCCCAGAAGAAAGAGUGUGUGGUCCAAAUAGCAGAUGUGUUUUUACCUAGAACCUCCCCCUGGAAGGGUGCUUUCCUUGGAAUUCUAGCGGUUCUGCCCCUACUCCUGGCUCUCCUCGCGAUACUGUCGCUGUACUUCUUUCAAAAGCAAAGGACAACCCAAGAGAAGCUAAAGAAGCAGGCAGAGAAUGAAAAAGGGAAACUCACAGCAGAGCUGGGGAAGCUUCAGAAAGAGCUUGACUGGAGAAGGACUGAAGGACAGGCUGAAUGGAGAGCAGCCCAAAGAUACGCAGUGGACGUGACCCUGGAUCCAGCCUCAGCGCACCCCAGUCUGGUGGUCGCCCAAGAUGGCAAGAGCGUGUCCUCCCGAGAGGUGACACAGGAUCCUGUGGCAGGCAACCCACAGAUGUUCACCGAGCAGACUUGUGUGCUGGGCCUCCAGCGCUUCUCCGCUGGCCGCCACUACUGGGAGGUGCAUGUGGGCCACCGGAGCCGCUGGUUCCUUGGCGCCUGCCUGGCUGCAGUGCCACGUGCUGUAUCUGUGCGCCUGAGCCCAGCCACUGGCUACUGGGUGAUGGGACUGUGGAACAGCUGCGAGUACUUUGCGCUGGACCCGCGCCGCAUUGCGCUCACCCUGCGCGUGCCCCCGAGGCGGGUAGGCAUCUUCCUGGACUAUGAGGCCGGAAAGUUGUCCUUCUUCAAUGUGUCUGAUGGUUCCCACAUCUUCACCUUCACUGACACCUUCUCAGGGCCUCUCUGUGCGUAUUUUAGACCCAGAGCCUACGAUGGCAGCAAACACCAGGAUCCUCUGACCAUCUGCCCAUUGCCCAUUAGAGGGACAAGCAUCCUUGAAGAGGACGACAGUGACACCUGCAACAUACAGCCCUAUGAGCCCUGGGACUCCACCCUGAACCUGGAUCCUGAGCCAGUGGCUUUGUCCUCCUGUCUUCUCUUGAGUGAAUAA